CAAAAAACUUCAAUUUCAAGCAAAACGAGACAAAUUAGAUUCUAUAUUAUAUUGUUUUAAAAUUCAACUUAAUUUUUAGUACAUACGUUUUAAUUGAAUAGCAGUAAAAUUAUUUGCUUUAUUAAAGAGUUUUUAAGGAGAUGAUAUUGAACAGUUGAAGAAAAUUCCAUUUGGAGGAUAUAGUGACGAAUCAACUAUAGUUUAUUUGGUUCAUCCUUGUGUUAUAUUAUCAGCUUGUGAAAUUAACAAACGAAAUGAACUCAGGAUUAAUUUAGCAAUAAAAUCAAGAAAAUAUAUUCAAAGACUGUUUAUUUUAAUGGAUUUAUUAUGAAAUUAUUUUGAAAAGUCAAUAAACGGCGAAAUAAUUGUUAUUAACGGACAAAAAAUAGUUAAUUUCAAAUAUUUUGAACCAUCAAUAUUUCAAUUUGAAUCUCCUUUCGUUUAAACUGCAACAAUAUAACAGAAACGCAACUACAAAAGUCAAUUGAAAAAUUUGUACACUUUUGAUAUUUUUAUAGAACUUAAACAACAAAAAUAAUAAACAUAAAAAUAUAUUUAACAUAAGAAACAUUAAAAAAGAAAAUAUUUGACAUUUUCUCAUUUUAAUUUUGUACAAAGUCAAAACAACAAAAACAUCAUAUAAUUUCAAAUUAAUACAUAAUACAAAACAAUAUUAACUGAAGGUUUUUUUCAAAAAUUUUGAGAUUUUUAAAAUCUCCUGAAACGAAAAAUUUCGCAAUAUUUUAUACAAUAAUAGAUGAAGAAAAAGAAGCUAAGAGCUUUACCACCCGUUCCAAAGAAAAACGAUGAGGUUAUUAAAAUACGUGAACGUACCGGCCCAACGACGCAUGAAUCAAUUCAAUCAGCUUUACAUUUUGCAUCCAGUAUAGAAAAAGUGAAAAGCUAUGGAUGGUAUUGGGGUCCAUUAUCAUGUACAGCUGCCGAAAAGUUAUUAUCUAAUGAACAUGAUGGAAGUUUUAUUGUACGUGAUAGCUCAGAUGAUCGCUAUAUAUUUUCCUUGUCAUUUAAGCUAAAUAAUAGCGUCAGGCACGUAAGAAUUGAUCAAGAUCAAGGUACAUUCUCUUUUGGACCAAACGCUAAAUUUAAGUCAGAAACAAUAACAGAAUUUAUUGAAAAGGCGGUUGAACAUUCUCGUAGUGGUCGUUAUUUAUUUUUUUUGCAACGUCGCCCAGAGCGUGGUCCAAUGAGGGUUCAACUAACAAAUCCAGUAUCACGCUUUAAGCAUGUCCAAAGCUUGCAACAUAUUUGUCGUUUUGUCAUAUUAAAAACAGUUAUUAGAAAAGAUUUAAUUCAGUCAUUACCACUACCAAGACGUUUAUUGGAUUAUCUUAGUUAUAAGCACUGUUACUCUGAACAAAUUGAAAGUGAUGACAGUAAUUCACAGAUAUCCGAGGACGACGGAUCUUGAAUAACAAUAAAUAAUUUAAUGUAUUAUUAAAUGUAAUUAAUUAAGGAUAUUCAUAUAAAUACACUUUUAUAUUCAUAUACAUAUAAAAAAAAUAAAAUAUAUAUAUAUAAAUAUAUACAUAAAUAUAUA